UCAAACCAAAGAACACAACGAUUACGUUUACAAAGAGCACCGCUGUCGUUGAUGGAAAUGUUGCCGUAAUGUGUAAUUCUAAUGGUCUUCCUGAACCAAGUUAUACCAUAAUCCAUAAUGAUAAUAAGGUCGUCACUAAGAAGUCGACAUAUACCAUAGUUGAUGUGAAGUACAGUGAUGCUGGAACAUAUAAAUGCAUUGCAUCGAACAAACUUGGAAGUGAUUCAGCUUCCAGGAGUUUAACCGUAGGUAAGAUUAGAUUGUUAACACAUUUUGUUUCGCUCACUGUAUCACCGUGCGAAAACACGUGGAAGAAACACGGAAAGGAAAAUUCUCUAGUAUUCAGGUCUUGCAGUAUAACGUAUCAACAAAAAUAAUCCGCGAUUUUUGGGUGGCAAAAAUAUUUUAUUCGACCGUCUACUAUACAGCUAUGUAUACCAUUAUACUCCUCAAAGUACUCAACAUAGCGACAACCGCCUUCAGUGCCGUUGUUAUGUGUGCUUUUAAUUAGCUACUUUUAAUUUGCAACAAAUACAUGUUGUGACGUCACUUGCAAGAUGACAUGGUAUGUACAUUGGGGCGAGCAGUAGUGUAAACAGAAAUCUGUUUGGUAAACGCCAGAACAAGCCAACAAUUUAACAAGACGUUCUAAUGAACGUUAAUAUAUUCACUGGGUUUAAUAAAAUAUAGGCUUAACCGCGAAAGGCCUGUGCAGAGAUAGAGGAAUGCACCCAUGAGGCAUCUGUUGUCAUGCACAUUCCACACACUUCAGGGGAAGUUGUUAGGGGUAAGUGAAAUUAUCAUAGGCAAGUGAGACUUCUUUCUGUGCACGUGUGCCUCACUUGGAAAGGGCAGAUGCACGCACAUGGUGCAAGACUUCUCUUUCAAUAUUGAAGUAGAUGUACAUUGUUCAAAUCACCAUGAUUAAGGCUGUGUUAAUGUUGGUACAUGGCACAACUCAGCCGAUAAAGUCCAUAUAAUGGCGGAUAUUAUUUGGCUCAAUGUUGUCCCCAAGAUAAGAUGAGGUGAUGCAGCGUGUCAAAGCAAGACGCGAUUUACAACUUCUUGUGUGGUAAGAUAUAUCACAGACACACUCUCCUCCGCAGAGUCAUGUAGGAUUGUAGGGAUAAUGUAGGGAUAGUAGAGGACAUUUAGUGGUGCGCGAUGGACGGUAGCGCGUUUUGACUAACAAUUACGUAAUUUGUUUCCGAAGUAAUAUUGCGUAAUUUUACUAAAAAUUCGUAAGGCCCUGCGAAGGAGAGAGUCACAGACACGAUAACUUGUUGCAAUUUGGCUGUUUGCAGUAGCCGAAAAUGGCGAGAUGGUUUGAUACAACAGAUAUGACUUUAGAUUUUAUGUACUUUCAACAAAUUCAAUGUUUCCAUUGUUUAUAACCAACGAGGCAACGCUAAUUAUUCGAAAUUGUCACAUUUCUUGUUAUUCUGACACUCUAUAUCCGGAGCUGGGAGAAAACACCGGCUCCGACUGACCAUAGAAAACGCUGGAGCUCCGGCAGAACUCUGGUGCUCAGCACUAGCCGAAACCUAGAGUCGCAUGCAAAUUUAAGUUAGUGCCCGGCGACUAAUAAAGUUAAAAAUUGGGUGCGCUAAGCAUACAAAUAUCUGUUCAGAGUGAUUUUAAUGGCUGCUGUGAAUGCAUUUUUAUUUUGCUGUUCCUCCCAAAUAAUGAAGAUAACACCGUGGAACAACUGAAAUCAUUAGUAAUUCAUUAUAAUACAUAAUUAUUGGAUGCCGCGUUAAAGGCUGAUAUUUUACAUAUCUGUGGCCAGUGUCCGAAAGCUUAACCCAAUGUUAACCUAAAAUUCAAAGCAAACUUCCCGGCAUCUGUUUACAAAUUUGGAAAUGAUUCUUCAGAAAUUUUGUCUGGUUCGAUAGGAGUUUACUUCUCCGACGUUUUGCAAUAAUCAGAACUGCAGAAGUACAUAAACUAAAACAGCGGUCGAUUAAAUUUUAACCCAGGGUUAGCGCUAACCCACCUAUGAAACAAAUGCAUGGCCACUGGUCGAAAGCUUUGUGACGGUUCUUAUUUUUUCUUAACCAUUCGUUGAUAAAUGUUAUAACUAUAAGGAAAACACAAACAGGAAAAUGGCCAGCGACACUAUAACACAGCGUGAGCCAGUUGCGUUAGCGACUUGUUUCAAAACGAAUUCCAUUUUCUCGACAUACUUCGCAUAUAGCAGUUUUGGUGAUUUAAUUGGCGUUCAGUCCAACUUCAGGGAUGAUUUUGGUUUUUCCUUUCUCUUCCCUCCAUCCGCAAUUAGGAAGGGAAAUAAUACCUGAUAUUCAAGCAGUAUGCGCUUACUGGAGGACGGGACUGUAAUACUCACGGCUGUAUGUGAAACACGUCUUUGUAUAGGAAUAGGCUACAAAUAUAUGCUGCUUUUUCCCAUUCGUAUAUAAUAUUCCAUAUGACAGUUGUCUGUUACUCCCCUCUUCCUCUCGCGACCUUUGGCGGUCAAGCAAUUGCUCAGCUUGCCCGGUGUGGAGACAUUCAGAGUAAUAUCAGCAAUUUUUUUUGUACCCUUUAGGAAAAAUAUAUCUUCCAUCUGGUGGGAACAGCUUGACCUUUUUGAAAGCACCAAUUGUGAAAAUAAAGUGGUCACUUGAUCCUGUUUUAUCUACGAAUAUAAGUCGGUCUUGGAGUUUUAAAAGUAGAGCUAGUGGCAAAGAUGAAAUACUUGGUAAAGUAUCUCGUGCUGGUGAUAUUACUAUAGUAACCAGGUUAUAUGAGGUUGAUAUAGAAAAACCAGCAACACUGGUUUUGAAGAACGUUGAUGAGAGUUAUAAUGGAGUAUACAAGUUUGCCCUUUACCCAGGAUUACCUGGCCCCAGUAUAUCUGAAGUUGUCGUUUUUAUUGCAAGUAAGUUUUCAUUAAUUAUCAUGUAAAAUUUCAGGUUUUCUCGAAAUUCUGGUAUAAUAUUUUUGCAUCAGAGCAUGGCCUAGUCAUCGAGACGACAUUCUAUUAUCAUUAUCCAUUCAAACAUUAUGACAGCAAUUCGCUGAAUUUCAAUAGCGGUUUUUUUGAGACACCCUGUACAGCUAGGGCCUAGGGAGUCUUAAAGUCAUCAAAAUUAACAGUAGUGUAUAUUGCUUAGAUAGCAACACAACUGAGCUCUGUAACCAAAUUAUACUGUAUCACUACUUUCAUUCUUUAACAAGAUGACUUCAAGAUUUAAGAUGGCAAAUAACUAAAUUGGUUUUAAGAAAAAGUACAUAUCUGAGCGUACACAUGAGUAUACCAAAAUCCAAUAUCUCAUAAGCACACUCAUAGACACACUAUAGAAAUCAUGCAGAGUUCCCAAUAUCCGGUAUCUCAUAUAACUCGACUCUAAACCUACAUUAAAAGUUAGUUCAAAAACUCAUUAACAUGUGAUAGAUAUUUCCCUUGGUCUACAUAAAGUUUAACUCUCGACUUACACAACGUAUUUUUUGAAAAUUACUUCGCCAAUUAACUUACUAGCCUACAUCGAUCGUUUUUGAAGCGAUUUAAAACAUGAGCAUUGCGUGUUUUAUCAAACCUAAAGAUACUCGGCUUCGCCUCGAAUCUUUACAUUAUAUCUGAUAAUUACAUUUCAGAGAAACCAAAUGUGAUGAUCAAUUGUUCCAGUUCUAUCACAGUAAAUGAAGGUGAUGCAGGCUUCACAUGUGUGUGUAGAGGUGAAGGUGGAAACCCUCCAGCCAAUAUAACUUGGUAUAAAAAUGGUGAACAGAUUGGUAACAAAAGUUAUGGAGAAAAUAGAUUAACUCUCACUAAUGUGACUAAACAAGACAUUGGAACAUACAAGUGUGUGGCUCAGAGCUACACUCUGACGGAUGAAAAAUCAAUUGAAGUAAAA